AUGAUUCUCGGGGCACUGCGCGAUUUCAUUUCACCCGCCGCUGACCGCCUCCCUCGUAUUGUCGCGAUGCGUCUGCAGGACGUAGUCUCGCGCUACCCACAGUGCGGGCAUGACGCCGACGAAGCUGAACUCCUUUCCAAGGAACUACGGGCCCUUCACCUCCUCCGAGAGCAUACACAGCACUCUGUUGAAUUCGUCGAGUCCCCGGAUUCUUUUGAUGUCGCCGCAAAAUCUGGGACUCCGGAUAAAGGAUCUGCAUUCGACACAAAGGAGAACUCGAAAUUCGAGUCCAUCAAAAUAUUAUACAGGGCUCCUUACCCAGGGUAG